UUUACUCCAACUGGAAAUAUGACGAUUCGCGCAUUACAAAGGCUCCAUUUCUUUGGCACUUUGAUGAGUUCGGCAAGGAAUCGAUUAUGAUGAAUGCGACAUAAAAGCAAAUAACAACAUGUCACCAGAGUUGUGCGCGGACGGUUUUAUGUGCAGCCUAACACCAGCGAAGCCGAAUAUCGGGGGCCCGGCUCCUGUCUUGGGCCGCAGUUUACAAUGAAUUCGUAGUCACCUGGAAGUGAGCGCCUCCAUCAUGCAGUCCUUGUCCUUUUCAUGCUUUGGGAUUAAUCUUUAAACCGAUCAUUUAGUUCUAGUUAUAGAGGAUUAAUCGAGCUUUCUACAUUAACGACUUGAGAAACUUAAUGUGUCAUAAAAUGAAUCGGUUGUGCGCCUAUUUCGUUUUGAUAAUAGUGACAUUGUCAGCAAACUAUCUUUCUGCACAAAGAAAAGACUACAAACGCAUAUGUUACUACACAAACUGGUCUCAGUAUAGAACGGGUCUCGGGAAGUUCACCCCAAAGAACGUGGAUCCGUUUCUGUGCACUCACAUCGUGUUCGCCUUUGCAAAGACUUCCGGAAAUAGACUUGAAGCUGUGGAGUGGAAUGACGAAUCUACAGAAUGGAGCCGAGGCAUGUAUGCAAGAAUAAAUGAUCUCAAGAAGAAAAAUCCCAAGCUAAAAACCCUAUUGGCCAUAGGAGGCUGGACGGAGGGGAAUGCGCCCAUCAGCACGAUGGCCUCCACCAAUGAGAGCCGAGAUGAGUUCGUCAGCACCACCAUCCAGUAUCUCCGAACGCGUGGUUUUGAUGGCCUCGAUUUGGAUUGGGAAUAUCCUGGAUCAAGGGGUGGACCUCCCGAGGACAAAGAAAAUCUUAUUCAUCUGCUAAAAAAACUGAGGUCCGAGUUUACAAGGGAGGCGAGAGAGACACACAGAGAGCCCCUACUGCUGGCGAUAGCCGUCCCUGUUGGAGAGGAAAGAAUCAACGCCGGAUACAACAUUGCAGAGGUCAACAGAUACGUGGAUUUUAUCAAUCUGAUGGCCUACGAUUUUCACGGAGCAUGGGAAGCCCAGACAGGACACCACAGUCCAUUGUUCAAGGGCAAAUCUGAAAGAUGGUAUGCAGCGCAAUUGAACGUCCAAUGGUCCGCCGCUUACUGGAGACGACAGGGCGCGUCUAGGGACAAACUAGUGAUUGGGAUCGCUAUGUAUGGUAGGGGGUACAAGCUUCAGUAUCCGUCCAUCAAUGGUAUAGGAGCUCAAGCUCUUGUAGGUAGCAAUGGCAAUUCCAUGGGUCCAUUCACAAAAUCCAAAGGACUUCUGGCGUACUACGAGAUAUGCAGCCGUCUGAAUGGUAACGGUGUAGCUGUUUGGGACGAGGAGAGGCAUGUUCCUUAUAUGUAUGAUGGCAGUGACUGGGUAGGAUACGAGAAUAUCCGCAGUGUUAUUGAGAAGACAAAAUGGUUAAUGGAUCAUGGCUAUGCAGGCGUAAUGAUUUGGGCCCUGGAUCAAGACGAUUUUACUGGUCACUUUUGUAAAUCUGGAAAAUAUCCUCUACUGACAGCAAUCAACAAAACCCUCAAAGAUUAUACUCCGUCUGCAGGACUCACAACAAACCAAUUAGAUAUCCACCAAGCUACGGACGAUAUGUUGAAAUACGAAGGCACCACUAAACGAAUUGUUGAUUCUACAUCUCUUACUUUAACAGGACUGACGUCUAGACACAUACAGACUAGAAAUAAUAUCCUUGACUCACGACCAACAACAACAACGACAACAACAACAACCAUCGCGUCUUCAACAACAGAACAUUUCCCAACUACAAUUGAAACAACCACAAGAGAAAAAAUAACACCCCAAACAACUUCCGAAUCAUUUUCUUCAACAACAGUGGCAGCAAACUCAGACACUUAUUAUACCACAGUAGUGACCUUACAUUCUUCAGUCAAUACAAGUGAUAAUUCUAAUACCUCAACUAGUGACAUGUCUAAUUCUACAUUUUCAAAUGAUGUGGACCUUGCAUUGAAUUUAACAUUUGCAAAUAAGACAAUAGAAGCAAACACUACAGAAGAUAAUGGAACUGACAUUCCUAGCACCACAGAAAGUUUUCAAGGAAAUAGAAGCAUAGAAACGACAACCACAGCAGUUGUACGAUCAAAUCCAAACAUUAUGUCUAUAGUUGCUCCAUCCGAAGUAUAUUUUUCAACUGAUAUCGUCCACAGAGGAAGAACUCUUUUGCAGGUAGACUUGGGCGCGAAUGAUCAACAAGGAAGUACUGGUGGAGGCCAGACAUCUGGUUUUACCAGUGUAUUGAAUUCAUUGUUCAGUGUUUUAUCGGAGUUUGGUGGUAUGGUAGGGAAUGGUCGAAGAUCGGCGAAUCAAAGAAAUGGCAAUGGUGAUAGCGUUGGUCAGAGAAAUACCGAGUCACAGAGAACCAGAAAUAUCGAUUCAAUGCGUACAAGAACCGUCGAUUCUGCACGUCAAAGAAAUGUUGAACCACAACGCCAAAGAAAUGGAGAUACAAUGCCAUUGAGAAAUAGGGAAGUUCCAGUACAGAGAAAUGAUGGCGAGUUGCAGAGAGGUCGAAAUGGAUUAUCGACGCGGUCUAGAAACGCUGAUACCCCACGUCAAGAAAACGUCGACAACUCCAGACAAAGAAUGUUAACGCGGCCGAGGAUUGCAGACCCUGCGCAACCAGUACAAAGAAGUGGUGAACCAACCGUACGACGAAAUGGGGAUGCUUUUAGAAGAAGAAACAACGAUUCUAUUAGACAAAGAAAUGAGAUACUGCGAAGAAAUAACGAUUUGGUACGACAACGAAACGGUAACGGCGAAAUUUUACGACAACGGAACGGCAAUACAGACCUCUUGCGACAACAAAAUGGUAAUGGAGAUAUGAUACGACCUCGAAACACUGAUUUAGCUCAAAGAAAUAUCCAAAGAAACACCGAAUUAAUUCGUCAGAGAACCAACGGAGCAUCAAAUCCAAGAAAUCAAAGAAUCCCAGAAACUCCUAAUAUAUUACUUCAAAGACAACAAAAUCAAACGCCCAACAGAGUCUCACCACAGAUGGGAGGAAUGAACACCAUCAGUCCUCAAUUUGAUCCUUUUCAAAAUGUUGAGAUGGCCACGAUUCCACAGAACAUGGGUCCAUCCUCUGCUCAACGACGUGAAAUAGCACCAAAUAAUUUGCCCAGCUUAGAUUUCUUAGAGACUCUAGUUCAAGCACCUGAUCCACGAAGCAGGGGUCCCACAAGAUUGAACGAGAGGGGAAGAGAGCCAAAUAGGAUUUUGAAUCGUAAUCCGAACCAAAUUACCCCCGCAGCCCCAGAUAUCUCUGCACUGACAGACAUGUUUAUGGCGCAAGAUCCUCAGAACCAGCUCCUGCAGCAGGAAGCAGUGCAGACGUCUAUAACGGAAGCCAUGCUUUCACCUGAUUUCAUGAACAGGGCGAAUGGGUUUGGUGGGAUGCGACGUAUAGUGACUCCUGAUUCUCUUCGACCAGGAGAUAUUUUCGAAAAUAGAAAUAUUACUUCGAAUUCACAAGCUACUCAAAUGCGAGAAACACUCUUCAGUGAAAUAAGGAAUAGGCAACCAUCUUUGAACACUAAUUCCAUCGAUACGAUUGAUCUUGCGUUUCUGGAAUCCCAAGUUGAGGAAAGUUUUGCGAGAGAUCGCGCUCAGCAAAUUGAACAAUCUAUGCUAUCACCUGGAAUGCUGGCUAAUGACCUUAGACCAAAUGGUCUUAACGGAAUUUUGCCUCAACUUGGAUUCCAAGGCCUCCCUGGACAAUUUCCAUCUCGUCCAUCUGUGCUAGGUAGAAAUUCAUUAAUACCUCGACCCAAUCAGUUUCAACAAACGUCAAUGCAAAUACCAGAAACAAAUAGAAACACUUCAGUGGCCGUUAUCCCAUUCAAUAAUCUAGAUAGAACACUGCAGAAAGUUGUUACAACAGGACCAGGUUUUAGAUUGCGCAACCAGACAACUGUGUUAACUUCAGUCCCUCCAAAUGGUAUUGACCAAGUGCCAUUUAGACGAAAUGGUCAGCAAUCAUUUUGGACAGGAGGAAUGGCGAAUCAAAAUAUUGUAACCCGAGUUCCACAAGCUCAAAGUGGAUUACCCGGACCUUUGCAACUGGCACGCAUUCAAGAUGGUACAAGACAGACAAGAAAUAUGUUAGGGCCAUUAGGGCCAAUCCAAAGAAGCAGAGGCAUCCCAUCAAUUACAAAUACAUUUAUGUCUUCAUCAAUGAGAGCACUUCCAAGAAUAGGAAGACCAUUACUGCAAGUUACAAAUACAAACAGCCAGUUAUCUCCAAAUUCUAUAUUUUCCCCCAUGAACCCAAUAACUGCACGCGCGUCAACAAUCGGAAGUCCUGGUCCACCUCCGAGAUCACCGAUACCAUUAUCUUCAAAUGCUAUUCAAACACCAGACGAGGUGAUACAAAGGACAAAUACGAUUGGAUCAAGAUCUGUAUUUUCAAAAAGAACAAAUACUACAGUUAACAUUGAUGGUUCAAUGCUAAAAGCAGAACCAGUGAUUCCUAAAUCAGAGAUUUUAUGGAAAUGGGAAGUGUAAACCGUUCUGAUAAUACGAUGGGUGUUUUUUGUUGAGUUCUGUAUGUUAUGAAAUGUAAAAUGGGGUUAAAAUGUUA